AUGUUCAUUGCCCGAUCCGAAUAUGACCGUGGAAUCAACACCUUCUCCCCUGAAGGUCGUCUGUUCCAGGUCGAAUACUCCCUCGAAGCUAUCAAGCUAGGUUCCACAGCAAUCGGAGUUGCAACAUCGGAGGGAGUCAUCCUCGGUGUCGAGAAGCGUGUGACAUCCACCCUGCUCGAGGCCUCAUCGGUAGAGAAGAUUGUCGAAAUUGAUCAGCACAUUGGUUGCGCCAUGUCUGGUCUGCAAGCUGAUGCCCGUAACCUGGUCGAGCACGCCCGUGUCGAAUGCCAGAACCACGCCUUCCACUAUGCCGAGCCCUUGCGCGUUGAGAGUACUACACAGGCCAUUUGCGACUUGGCCCUCCGAUUCGGAGAGAGUGGAGAUGACGAGGAGAGUGUUAUGAGCAGACCGUUUGGUGUUGCUUUGUUAAUUGCCGGAUUUGAUGAGGAUGGCCCUCAACUGUACCACGCUGAGCCCUCCGGAACAUUCUACCGAUAUGAUGCCAAAGCCAUCGGCUCUGGAAGCGAGGGUGCGCAGGCAGAACUGCAAAAUGAAUACCAUCGUUCCUUGACGCUGGCCGAGGCUGAGACCCUGGUGUUGAAGACCCUGAAGCAGGUUAUGGAAGAGAAGCUGGAUUCAAAGAACGUCCAGUUGGCCAGUGUUACCAAGGAGAAGGGAUUCCGUAUCUACAAUGACGAGGAGAUGGGCCGGGCUGUCGAGCAGCUGGGUGGAAACCAAUAA